ACAGUGAAGUGUGUCUCUUGCUACAAAAAGCACUGGUUGAAGUUGAAGCACUACAGCCGCGGAGUGGCGCUGUUUCGCCGUGUACUUGUUCCCAGACUCCGCAGGUUGUUAAAACUCCAGGGAAACCAACAAGUUAACACUCAUUUUGAAGCUGACGAUAAAGCCGAAAAUCGGUGUUUGGUUAUGUGGAGUUAACAUGGAGUUAUUUCUUAUUCUGUCUCCAGUCCGCAGGCGUUUCUUUUUUAAACGAUGCCAGAAAAGGAAACGCGUCACACGCUCGACUAAAAGCCCAGUAUUUAGCCUUUCAGGCAUCAUUCCUAUAAGCAUUCAUCGCCAAUUUCCCCGAUCGAAUAGUUUCUUAUAACUAUUUUACGAAUGUUUUGUUGAUAAACUAAUUAAUAUGGCACACCGCCUGUUUAAAAGCGCGGUGUAACCGUGAGCGGCUGGACAGGAAGUGCAGCCUGAGAGCCCAAACUCAGGGUACAGCGUCUCCUAAAUAACGGCAGGCUGAGUUACCAAGGAGACGAGAGCUGUGGUGCUAAUCGAAGUUAGCCAUUAAGCUAGCCGUCAAGAUAGCCGUUAAACUCGGAGAAAGAGGCCUCUUGGUGCCGUAUGUUUUUGUGUAAGGGGACCUUAGCGACAUGGCAGAGCUGCAUAUUAUCGGCCAGAUCAUCGGGGCGAGUGGUUUUCCGGAGAACAGCCUAUUUUGCAAAUGGGGAGUUCAUACGGGAGGAGCAUGGCGUCUCCUGUCCGGGCUGAAGGAGGGUCAGACCCAGGUGGAUCUCCCCCAAAUCGGAGACAUGGCGUACUGGAGUCACCCGAUUGAUCUACACUACGCGACCAAGGGGCUUCAAGGCUGGCCGAAGCUUCACCUCCAGGUGUGGCACCAGGACUCCUUCGGACGGUGCCAGUUGUACGGAUACGGGUACUGCCACGUCCCGUCCAGCCCCGGACAUCACCGGAUAAGCUGUGUGACCUGGAGGCCGCUCGGCUCCUGGCAGGAGCAGCUGGCGCAAAUUUUUGUCGGCGGGGGACCGCAGCUCCGCAGCCCGGACCUCAUAUACAGCGGGGCGGACAGAUACAGACUGCACACCGAAGCCAUGGGGACUGUGGAGCUGGAGCUGGGCAUUAUCAUGAGACACUUUGACAAAUAUGGCGUCGACAGUUAACACAGUGGAGUAAAACUGUAAUGGACUCUAAUAUUGUACAGACAAAGGUGUAUCUCUUUUUUUUUUAAAUCGCGUUUGUGUUUUUAUAUUCUAGAUAUGUAAAUAAAAAAACUUUGGUCUUAA